GCCUGGUCCCUUACCCUUCGUCACGAUCACAGAAGCGAAAUCACGAGAAAAUGCGGUCAUGGAGCUUGCAAGUACAGUGAAUACAUCACGUCCCGCGAUGAAAGUUUCUGGAGUUACAAAUGUGAAGAUGGGCGCGGUCAUCCUACCAAUCCGGAUCAAGCGUGCAAAGGUGUGGCAAGGAUCGAGUGUGGUCUCUGCGGCGGUCUGAUUUGCAAACCCUGCUACAAUGCCCACAGCCCUCAUUCUCGCAGACACUGGAAUCAGAACGACAUUCGUUCCGUCCGCAGACGUGCCUAG